UUCUCGUCGCUUUAUAAUAUUUUGCCCUUUCUUUACCUAGCGCGCUCUGUUUUCUUUGUCUUGUUUUCUUCUGCCUCCAACUUGACUUCUCUCCCAGAGCAACUCGACUUCUCUCCCAGAGUCGCAUCUCGCUCGCAGAUCUAAGUGGUUGUUGGAUCUCAGUGGCGCUUCAUCUUCAACACUAUUAAAUUUAUAUAUCUUUGAAGAUUAACCCAUCACUCCAGGAAAAUAUCAUCACUGGAAAUCAGAAUUUACAGCUGACAAAACAAGAGGAGGAUUGGAUCCCCAAUCCUACAGAUCAGUUCAAGAAAUUAAAGAAGUGGCUAAUAGGAUUUUUAAAAAAUGGGGAGAGGCAACGAUCCAUUUUGGAAAUAUGCCUCUAAAUUAAAUCCUGGUUUCAAGUGUAAUUAUUGUGGGGGACGCUACGCUGGGAGCAUUACAAGGUUUAAACGACAUUUGGCCAAAAUUGAAGGACAUGAUGUUAAUGUUUGCCCUGCAGUUCCUAAAGAUGUUCAACAAGAAGCCUAUCAAGCCAUUGGAGAUCCCCAAUCUUAUUAUCAAGGAAUACGAGGUCCCAACCGAAAACGUAAAACUAUGUCAAGUUUACCCAAUAACAAUGCAGCUUUCACAAUUCCAACUUCUUCAGGGAGACAAUACAACGUAGCUGUAGCUGAAAACCAAGUGACGGAUGUAGAAAUGACACUGAGGGAAUUAGUUCAGACCCCGGAACAAGAAAUAGGGGAAGGGACAACCAUUGCACUUCCAGGAGUGGGUAGUGAGAUGGAGAACAAUGCUGGAGGACUUGUGCCCCCAGUUAAUACUUUAGGCGAUACAUUACUGACAAGAGAGGUCGUCGGUGAAAAUUUUGAAGAACAUAUUGAGGAUAUUUGGUCUUGGUUAAUGAAUGAUGUCUUAAGAAUCGGUAUUUAUGGGAUGGGUGGCGUUGGCAAAACUGAGCUGGCAAAACAUCUCAACAAUAAACUCCUACAAGACCCCAAUAAGUUUCAUCACGUUUAUUGGGUUAAUGUGUCUCCAAAUUGCAGCAUCCACAAACUCCAAAAUUCUAUUGCGAAGGCUGCGGGUAUAAAUCUUUCCAGUGAAGAUGAUGAAAAUAAAAGAGCAGCAAGGUUGUCCAAAGAAUUGACUCAAAAUAAGAGAUCUAUUUUAAUUUUUGAUGAUGUGUGGGAUUAUAUUUCUCUCCAAGAUGUGGGAAUUCCUAUCCAUAUGAAUGGAUGUAACUUGAUUCUCACAACUCGAUCUUUUGAAGUGUGUAGACAAACAAAUUGCCAGAAGACCAUCAAAAUGGAGACUCUUUCAGGGAUAGAAGGCUGGCGGUUGUUCGAGAAAGAAGUGGGAGACAAAAUGACACUUUCCAAUGAUGUUGAGGAGAUUGCAAAAUCUGUUGUAAGUGAAUUAGAAGGUUUGCCUCUAGGAAUCAGAACGAUGGCCAGAUAUAUGAGGGGAGUAGUCAACAUACAACAAUGGAGGAAUGCACUGAAAGGUCGUAUUCAGAGACAAGUUAGUGAGGAGAUAUUUCGAAAAUUAAAACUUAGUUAUGAUUACUUGAAAGAUCCAGCAUUGCAACAGUGUUUUUUAUACUGUGCAUUAUUUGAAGUAGUAGAAGAUGAGCAUGAUGGUUGGAUAGCUAAAGAGGAUUUGAUACAGUAUUUGAUUGAUGAGGGGAUAAUAAAGAGGAUGAACAGCAGGAGAGAAGAGUUUGACGAGGGCCAUACAAUGUUAAAUAUACUCGAAAAUGUAUGCUUGCUGAAUGGUGAUCGUUAUCUAACACCAAUGCAUCACUUGAUUAGAAGCAUGGCCCUUCAAAUAAUGAAAGAAAGUUCAGGAGUUAGAGCCAUGAUUGAAUUUGGUAAGGGAUUAGAAGAGUUACCAGAGGAAGGCAUCUGGACCGGAGAUCUCGUGAGAGUUUCAUUGCAUCAUAAUUACAUUAAAGAAAUUGCUUCUAAUCAUUCACCAAGAUGUCCCAACCUUUCAACUCUACUGUUGCAUGGCAAUUUUGAAUUGAGACGGAUUGCAGAUUCUUUCUUUAAGCACUUGCAUGGGCUCAAGGUUCUUGAUCUUUCUAAUACAGGGAUCCAAAACUUGCCAAAUUCUGUCACUACCCUCGUCAAUCUCGCCUCCUUGGCGGUCGGUGGAUGUCGAAAGCUAACGCGUUUGCCAUCUUUAGCAAAUCUCAGAGAACUGAAGAGAUUGGAUCUCGGAUUUAGUGGAGUUGAAGAAGUGCCAGAUGGCCUGGAAUUUCUGUCCAAACUCAUGUAUCUAGACCUCCGCGGUACAUCGGUAAAAGAAAUAAGACGUGGGAUAUUACCUAAACUCUCUCAUUUGCAAUUUCUUAAACUUCCUUUAAAGUUAGCAGUCGAGGGAGAGGAAGUUGCAUCACUGAGCAAGGUGGAAACUUUGUAUUGUCGUUUCCAUGAUCUCGUAGGCUUCAACACAUUUGUCGAAUCAAUGGAAGAAUUGAUGAUUGGAAGUGAAUGUGAACUUUUAAUAGGACCAUCAUCCCAGAAAAUGAGUGACCGUUUUUUUUUAAGAAGUGGGAUAGGUUGGAAUUAUGAGGUUGAUAAAUAUGUUGUGGCGAAUAAUUGCAGUAUCGGCAAAGAAGGGAAUUUUCUGAACUUUCCAGCUGACUUGCAAGGGCUAGCGAUUGUAGAAUGCAAUGAUGCACAAAGCUUACACUGUGUUCAUCCGUUAAUAUAUGCAACUCAACUGGAAUACGUUUCCAUUAGAAAGUGCAAUGGGAUGGAGUGCUUGUUUUUGUUGCCUGAAGACGGUUGGCGUAUUUUUCCAAGACUUAAAUUUCUAAACCUUGACAGUUUGGAGAACUUCCGUUUCCUCUUUGGCAGAGAAGUUGCUGUUGCACCACCAUUGCCAUGUUAUGGUAACAGCUUUAACCAACUGAGUACUUUUGAGAUGAUAAAUUGCCCAACCAUUAAGAAGUUGUUCCCUCCUCGCCUGCUGGCGAGCCUCCAAAACCUGAAAGAGAUUAAUGUCAGAGAUUGUUCGUCGAUGGAGGAGAUAAUAGGAGCAGAAAGACAAGAAGAAGAAGAAACUAUGGAUUUCAGUCUCCCAAAGUUAUUGAUUUUCAAUUUGAGAAAUUUACCACAACUGAAGAGCAUUUGUGAUCGGGCAGUGAUUUGUGAAUCUCUUCGACUCAUCCGUCUAAUUGACUGUCCAGGGCAAAUGAUGGAUGUACCAUUCUUUUAUCCCAGUGGCCAUCAAUCUUUUGACAGGGUUGAGAUAAGUAGAAAUUAACCCUUAAAUUACUCUGUUGAUCUCACCGAAAUUUAGAGGAGAAGAACGAGGGCAAGCUGUUUGAUAAAAUGCCGGACCAAUUGUAAGCCUUUUACUCUUAUUGACAUACUGUUUUAAUUCAAUUGUUUUUAUAUUAGCUCCUAUUCGCCGAAUUCUCCCCUAAAUCUGUACUCGUUAUCUCCACUCUAGACUAAAAAAUGUUGCUUUUGUGGGAAUGAUGCAACAAAUGAAUAACCUGGUGAGCUUUGAAUUUGGUAUAAAAAGGGAUAUUGCUCAUUAAGCUUGAA